CUAAAACAUAACAUAACACGUAACACCGAGCCUUUAUUUACAAACAGAGGUUAAUUUUCGCUCCGUGUGGCUCGGCAGAAAGAGACGAAUGACAGCUCAAAGUCUCUAUAAUCACAAAAAACAAACAAAAAAGUGUCAAGUCAAGCUUAUACUUUCUCGAUGAAAAAACAGUUUAAAAAUUUUACUUUUUUUUAGUUGGCACACGAAAAUCUCCUCCGCAAAAAGCCGUUUCUCCAGCCUUACUGUGAAAUUCUGCACCAGCCAUAAUGAGCUUUUUGGCAAAAGCAACGGCGGCCGUGGUGGCGGGCAGCCUUAAGAACGUUCCCCGCACGGAGCUGAUGCUGCGCCAUUCGUCGCACUUCGUGUACCAAGCGGACGCAAAGGCUCCGAUCGAGGGUCCGACGCAGAAGAUGAACAUGUUCCAAGCGAUUAACCAAGCAAUGGAUAUCGCACUGGAGCAGAACGAGUCGGCGCUGGUGUUCGGUGAAGAUGUCGCCUUUGGCGGCGUGUUCCGGUGCUCGAUGGGACUGCAGAAGAAGUACGGCAAGGAGCGCGUCUUCAAUACGCCCCUGUGCGAGCAGGGCAUUGCCGGGUUCGCGAUCGGGGUGGCCAACACCGGGGCCAAGGCGAUCGCUGAGAUGCAGUUUGCUGACUACAUCUUUCCGGCGUUCGAUCAGAUCGUUAACGAGGCGGCCAAGUAUCGGUACCGGAGCGGCAAUCUGUACGACUGCGGUUCGCUCACGUUCCGUGCUCCGUGCGGGGCGGUUGGCCACGGUGCCUGCUACCAUUCGCAGAGCCCCGAAGCGUACUUUGCCCACACGCCCGGCCUGAAGGUGGUGGUACCGCGCGGACCGAACAAGGCCAAAGGGUUGCUGCUGGCCUGCGUGAACGACAACGAUCCGUGCAUUGUGUUUGAACCGAAAACUCUGUACCGGGCUGCCGUGGAGGAGGUGCCAGUGGCAGCGUUCGAGUGUCCGAUCGGAAAGGCCGACGUUUUGCGCACCGGAACGGACAUCACACUGAUUGGCUGGGGAACGCAAAUUCACGUCCUACAGGAGGUGGCCAAUAUGGCCCAAAAGCAGAUGAACGUGAGCUGCGAGGUGAUCGAUUUAGUGUCCAUCCUUCCGUGGGACAAGGAAACCGUCUGCAAUUCGGUUAAGAAGACGGGCCGUGCUCUGAUUGCUCACGAGGCACCACUGACGGGAGGGUUUGGAGCGGAACUGGCGGCGACCAUACAGCAGGAGUGCUUCCUUCACCUCGAAUCGCCCGUCUUGCGUGUGACCGGAUGGGACACACCGUUCCCGCACGUCUUCGAGCCGUUCUACAUUCCCGACAAGCACCGAUGCCUGGCGGGUAUCCGCAAGGUGAUCGACUACUAAUUCGCCAGCUCGAUCGCAGUGAAGGCGCACACAACGAAACGAUCAUUCCUUCACUUUAAUCUCGAUGACGUCGAAGCAGCACGCCUGUGCCGCUGAUUCAGAAUCACCAUGGUAACGGAUGCAUUUAUUCGACUUGCGAUAAGGCCCGAGAGUUGCUCCGAGAGUUGCUCCAAGAGUCCACUCCAUUUCGUAAGCUGUGUUAUACAAACCACUACCUACCGAACGUGCCUUAUUAAAGUCCUUCAUGUUAUUGAUAUGUUACAAAACGUGUCGUUCCGGGUUCCGUGGCAGACAUAUCACAACAGCUUUCUUUCUUGACACACGUGGUGUAUGAUCAUUUCGAUUCGCUUUUUUAUAAUAUAUAUUUUCUCAUUUUCGAAAAAUCAUAGACAAAAAAGAGAACGGUAGAAAAAAGUGUUCCGUCAAUAAUUGGUGUGUGUGUGUGUGUGUUACAACAAUAAAUAGGCACUUGUUAAUAAGUUACAAAUCUAUCCCGACUCGCCCAUGUGAGUAGGGUAAGCGUUCCGCGGCUUGCUGUACCGGCGCCUUUUGCAAUACAUAUCUUGUGGCCCGAGAGCCAAGUAGUGACGCUCCCUUAGCUUGCCUUGUUUUCACAUUCCACUACGCAGUGCUGCUGAGGUUUUCCCAUUAGUCGGCGUACCUUUGCUUUGAAUCAUCUACUAUUGCAUCGGUUGAGUGGGGCUUAAAUUCAUCUACAAAAAUGCGUUGAUUGUAAUUAGCGAACAAUCUAUUUGUAAAAUAUCUAUCAUAUUCGGGUGUGUGUGAUUGGUCGCUCCAUUUUCAGGCUGCGCUAUCGACGUCAGGUUAGUUUGUAUUUUCCAUGGGUUUCUUUGAUGGAAUAAAUUUCGAUGAACAAGAAAACACACACGCUACACGAAAACGCUUCCAAUCUAGUAACGCUUAAUAGGUAUUAAUCGAAUUCAGUGUUUCACAUUACUUCACUAAGUUGUAAGCUUGUAAGUAAGAACGAGAAAACCAACGCCGACG